AGGCUAGAGAGCACUCUGCUCUGCCUCACCAUGAAGUCUGGUGGCCUCGUCUUCUUCCUCGUGGGGCUCUUCGCUCUCUGUGCCAUGAUGCCCUCUGCCUCAGCCCAAGGUAUGUGAGCCCAUUGGGGCCAAUCCUUCUGAUGCUGGUUUGUGUGGGCCUCCAAGUGGGACCCCCUUCAUCCCACACCCCCAAACCCUUCCAGGUGUGGAGUCCAGACUCUUCAGAGGAGGAGAGGCACCGCUAUACCUGGGAAUGUUGUAGGUGGCUCCACAGUGAAUCCUUCAAUGUGUUGCCAUCUCCUGUAGGAAACCAGAGAGUUCUUAUGGAUGGGAGGAAGAAAGAGAAGUGGGGUGAUAGAUGAGGAGGGGAGGGGAGGAUGGAGAUGGAGGCACCUCCCCAACACAUACAAGCAACUAAAGGUGGCCCUUAAAGCUGCAGCCCAGGAGUUAAGCAGGUGCAGAAAGGAGGUCUCUGGUGCCCAGUCCAUAGCUGGAAAGAACUUGGCAUCAAGAAGAAGAAGAGUUUGGAUUUGAUAUCUGCUUUAUCACUACCCAAAGGAGUCUCAAAGCGGGUAACAUUCUCCUUUCCCUUCCUCCCCCACAACAAACACUCUGUGAGGUGAGUGGGGCCGAGAGACUUCAGAGAAGUGUGACUGGUCCAAGGUCGUCCAGCAGCUGCAUGUGGAGGAGCGGAGACGCGAACCCGGUUCCCCAGAUUACGAGUCUACCGCUCUUAACCACUCCACCACACUACACAUCCCCAUCAAGGGAUGGGGGUGGCCAUUGUGGGAGAAGUUAGCCAGCCCCAGCAAAGACUGAUCCAGUUGCAACCCAGAUGUUCAACUCUGUGCUGUGCUCAUCCUAUAAAGGCUGGGGUAAAGAAAGGCUUUUCAAAUGUUGUCUCUGAGCCAUAAUGAUGUUCUUUGUUUCAGGGAAGCCUGGAAAUUGCCCUUUCUAUGCUGCAGUAGUGAAGCCACCUUGCAUUAAGUGGUGUACUACAGAUUAUGAUUGUCCUUCCGUCCAGAAAUGCUGCUCAAAAUUUUGCUCCAUGGUCUGUGAAAACCCAAGUAAGAUGCUGAGCCCCUUGUGGAUGCUUUAUUGUAAUUUAUUGCCCCCCCCCCCUUUCCUUCACUAUGGGCUCCCAGUGUGUGUUGCAGUUUGAAACUGCAGUUAAAACAAAUUGCAGUCUCAGGAAUACAGUUGGUCCCCCAAAAUGUAGAUAUCUAUCAGGUAGGAACAACAUAAUGAGGGUGCCAGACACACCUCUGUGGGAAGGGAGUUCCCCCAACUUAGGGGCUGCCCCAGAGAUGACUUUGUCAGGGUGGAGGAACUGCCAAGAGAGCCCGCCUGCUGAUGUUUACUCCCAAGAGAGUCCGCAAGUAUGGAGAAGCUCUCUCAGAUAGUUGGUGCCUACGUUAUUUAGGGCAUUAGACAUUAAUGUAGGCACCUUGAAUGGAGUCAGGAAAGGAACUAGGUGGGCUGAAGACAGCAGUUCUGCACAAAUUGUCCAAGUUUUGCUCAAGGAGGGAUGCCUGUUGCCUCUGAACUGACAGCUAAGAGAUGGUCCAUAAUUAUGACAUGGGAACAGGGGGAUGGGGCCAAGGCUCUGUCAAUGAGCACCUUGGUCCCAGGCUCCAUCUGGGCAUCUCCAGGUAAGGAAAACCCUUGUCGUCUGCUUAGCUAGGGUGAUGAGCACCGAUCUCUCUAGGGUUCUUGGAUGCCUGAACACUCUUUUAUUCCUGCAGCAAAGUGAUGACAGUGAUGCACAGCCUGAAAUCCCUGCAACUUCUACAGUUUUGGAGAUGUGAACCCAGCACCCAAGGAGUGAAGGCAACGAUAAACCCAGCUCCUCUUGACCCAAUGGGCCCGAUCCAGCUUCCUUCCCUGCCUGCA